GCUGGUGAAAACAGUGCUUCUUCUGUUUCCUGACUGAAACACCUUUUCUUACAGUGAUGUCAUCCUCCACCCCACUUCUAUCUAAGGAGUUGUUCCAGUGCUCAGUGUGUCUAGAUGUUUUUACCCUUCCUGUGUCCCUCCCAUGCGGUCAUACGUUUUGCCAGUCAUGUAUCCUUGCACAGUGGACAGCAUCUGGCUCCUCCCAUUGCCCCAAAUGCGCCACGGUUUUCCAGGAAACACCAGAGCUCUGUGAAAAUUCUUUUGCUCGUGAAAUGGCCAAACAAAUCCGUAAUCAGAGGGGUCAGAGGUCAGCAGAGUAUCGUCCAGUCACAUCACACAAUGUUUUAUGUGACAUGUGCCCAUUAGAGAAAGUGUCCUGUGCUGUAAAAUCAUGCCUGGUGUGUGUGGCAUCAUAUUGUGAGGCACAUGUGACUUCUCACACCUCCAGGUUCACCAAGCACACACUGGUGCAGCCACAGCGGAUGGACAAGCGCAUUUGCAGGAUACACGAAAGACCUCUGGAGCUUUACUGCAGAUAUGACCAGUCUGCUGUCUGUGUGCUCUGCAUGAAUACAGAACACAGCACACACCACACAAUACCAGUGGAGAGAGAAUGGGCAGAGAGAAAGACUCAGUUAUUAAAGACACAGUCUGACCUGAAGCGGAUGAUUAUGGAUAGAUGGAGUAAAGCUGAUGAACUCAGACACUCUAUAAAACUAAAUAAAGAGAACACAGAAAGAGAGAUGGCAUACAGUGUUGAAGUCUUCACCGCACUGCAGCAGUUUAUUGAUAGAAGCCAGUCUGAGCUGCUCAGGAAGAUGAAACACAAACAGAAAACUGAAGAGAAACGUGUAGAGAGUCUCAUUAAAGAGCUGGAGAGGGAGAUCGCUAAACUGAAUGCUAGAAACUCUGAACUGGAAAAGCUGUCAUGUUCUGAAGAUCACUUCUACCUUAUACAGGCUUUCCGUAGUCCAAGUGAGGUGCCUAAGUGUAAAAGCUGGUCUCAGGUCAGUGUGCACACCCAUCAGGGUCUGGAGGUGCUCAGAGAAACCCUGAAUGCUGCAGAAGAACUGCUGAAAACACAAAUAUACACCGUCACAAAGAGAGAACUUGAGGCAAUAUCCCAGUAUGCAGUGGAUAUGACCCUUGACCCUGACACAGCAAACCCCUGGUUGGUGGUGUCUGCAGACAGGAAGUGUGUGACUGAUGGCAAUGUAGAACGCAAUGUUCCAAACAAUGCUGAACGUUUUGACAUGGCACCAUGUGUCCUGUCAAGAGAGCCUAUCUCAAGGGGAAGGGGUUAUUGGGAAGUUGGAGUCUCAGGUAAAACAGCUUGGGACUUGGGAGUGGCCAGGAGAUCUGUCAACAGGAAGGGGUUGGUGACGUUGAGCCCAGAGGAUGGUUACUGGGCAGUUUGUCUGAGAGGGGGCACCGAGUACAGGGCCUGUGACGGUGAAUCAGUGCUUCUGUCACUAAAGACUCUUCCACAAAGAAUUGGCAUAUAUGUGGAUUACGGAAAAGGUCAGGUAUCAUUUUAUGAUACGAGUGCACGCGCACAUAUCUACUCAUUCACAGGACAGCGCUUUACAGAGAGCUUACUGGCCUACUUCAACCCAGACAUGAAUGACACAGGAAAUAACAAUGCCCCACUGGUUAUACAACCUGUCAGUGUUGACAAUGGAGAUAAAACAUAUGAUACUGUCACAAUAUAA